CGUCAGUGGCAGUCUCCCCCACGUGUCCUGUCGGCCUCAUCUACCAGGGAUGACCAGUCCCUUGCAGUUGAGGAGUUUCCAGCUUGUUCACUUGAUGAGGAGCCCCAGGUUAGUGUGGGAUGCCGGCUGCCUUGUCGCAUGCGGAACAGUGAUCACUGGCCUCUCGCUGAGGUGCUAGCCAUCACGGAACUGCCUGACAACAAAGCCAUCUACUAUGUUCAUUACAUCGAUUACAACAAGCGGCUCGAUGAAUGGGUGACAUUGAACCGCUUGGACCGAAUGAAGCUGCGGUUGCCAUGCCAGGAGAACAAAGGUCUGCCCAAGGACAUCGAAGGGAGUUCAAAGUCCUGCGGCCCUGGUCGGCUGUCUUCUUCAUCUUCGGCCCUUCCUUCUACCAGUGGGGAAUGUUCAACUAAGAGAUCUCCUGGCAGGCCACCCGCUUUCGUGGUUAUGAAAGAUGCUCAGGAGGAACACCCGAAAGCAUCAGGCUCGCAUUCAGAAGGCAGCACGUCAGCACGGCAGCGUGACAGGGUGUUGCGAAUGAAGAACAUUGCUAUGAUUGAACUGGGCCGGCACCAAAUCGAGCCAUGGUACUUCUCCCCCUACCCCGAGGAACUGGCCAACACUUGUAUUUACUUGUGCGAGUUCUGCCUCAAGUUUACAAAAAGUCAAACCUGCCUCAAGAGACAUCUGGCCAAAUGCCAGUUACGGUGCCCACCAGGAAAGGAGAUUUAUCGCAAGGAAGACCUCUCGAUUUUUGAGAUCGAUGGCCUCAUUAACAAGACAUAUGCUCGAAACCUGUGCCUCCUGGCCAAGUGUUUCUUAGACCACAAGACUCUCUACUUUGAUGUGGACGUGUUCCUCUUCUAUGUCCUGACUGUGAAUGAUGAUCGUGGACACCAUAUUGUUGGAUACUUCUCCAAGGAGAAGCUAUCACAGAAGGACUACAACUUGUCCUGCAUCUUGACACUUCCUCCUUACCAGCAUAAAGGCUUUGGAAGACUGCUGAUUGAGUUUAGUUACGAGCUCUCCAAAUGUGAGGGGAAGACUGGCUCUCCUGAGAAGCCACUUUCUGACCUGGGGCUGCUGUCGUACCGGUCCUACUGGUCUGAGACCAUUCUUGACAUCCUGAUUAACAGAGUCCCUACUGACAAUCAGGAAAGGCCUCAGAUCAGCGUUAACGAGAUUUGCGACCUGACGAGCAUCAAGAAGGAGGAUGUGAUAUGGACACUACAGCAUUUGAAGCUGUUCGUCUAUUACAAGGGCCAGCACAUCCUUGUGCUGACUAAAGAGGCAUUGGCAGCACGCAGUCAAACCAUUGUCAAGCAACCUUUGCGCAUCGACUCCAAGUGCCUCCAAUGGAAGCCCAGAGAUUGGGGGAAGCAUCGGAAGUAGUCAACCGACUUUGUGCUGCUGCUCUGCUCCAGUUGUCUUGGGAGGUCAUAGCUGAGGGGAGAAGGUGAAGGCUACUGGUACCUGACAAGAACUCUACCGCUUACACCUGACAAGUUUAUAUAAGGGUUAAUGAAAAGUACUGCAGUAAUUGGUUAACAUAGUGAAUCAGUAUACUAUAUUAUCACAACAUAAAGUGAUUCUCCGGUGAGAUGCAAGAAGCAUCUAAAACAAUGUACAUGCUGGAAAACCCUGACCUAUCCCUUUGUAUACUAAAAACAAGAACAAGGAUUUUUUUAUUCCGCUGGUGACCUGAUCCAGCAAAGUUUUAUAAUAUACAUUUAAAAGUUUAUUUAUUUGGCGUUUUGUUAAUGUUUGUCAUGCUUGCCAUAUUUACAGCAUUGGCUAGUCCUCACUCAGUAUUCUUGGGGCUUUCAUUUUCAGCUGUGAUAUAAACUUCAUAAUUGUUUGUC